GUUGGCUGGUGCUGUGUUUUUAUUAUUCCUGUAUGACGUGGUUGUGUCCUGGAGCUCAGGUGGCUUUACUGUCGGUACACAGUGAAAUGAAACGACGUUCCUCCAGGACCACGGUGCUACAUAAAGCAACGCACUAACCACACGAGAUGACACGGAACUAAAUAAGAUCUACAAACGUUCUACAUAACGUGCACGUGCAGACGUGUGCUAAAAGCACAGGUCAGUACAGUACUACUAAAACAGGACAGUAGGCACAGGAAGUGACGGUGUAGUGCUGAUCAGUACAGUUUUAGUGUGGAAGUGUCCGAUAUAACAGGUGGAGCAGAAAAUAGGUGCCAAGGAAUGACAAUAUAAUUUAAAAGGACGGUGAAGAGUGUGUGUGAGGGGUGUGUGGGGUCGUCGACAAUGCUGGCGACUUUGCGGAUGCAGCGUGUGGUGUAAAUGUCUUUGAUAGGGGGAGAGAGACCCCAGUGAUCUUCUCAGCUGUCUUCACUAUCCGCUGCAGGGCCUUGCGAUAUAAUGAGGUGCCGUUUCCGAACCAGACAGUGAUGCAGCUGCUCAGGAUGCUCUCAAUAGUUCCUGUGUAGAACGUGGUGAGGAUGAGGGGUGGGAGAUGGGCUUUCUUCAGCCGUUGCAGAAAGUACAGACGCCGCUGGGCCUUCUUGGUUACGAAGCUGGCGUUGAAGGACCAGGUGAGGUUCUCAGUCAUGAGACUCACCACAGUCGUGUCAUUGGCGAAGUGUCAUCAUGGAGUUUGAUAGGACGAGAACAUUUUUUUUCCAUUUUCAGUGACGUUCGAUGUCAUAUAUGGUAAUAUCAAGGUUUGCAGGUGAGGUCAUAAGUUAUAUAUACAUAUGUUUUGCGGAAUCUGCUAAAAGUUUUUGAUAAAAGGGAUCAUGAAAAGCGCAUUUAGUUUUUUAUUAACACUGCCCCGAAUAAACUAUUUCACAUAACAGAUGUUUACAUAUAGUCUACAAUACACUAUAAUAACUAAAUUUACACAAACCGAACCAGUCCAUAAGUCUACAUACCCUUGAUUAACACUGUGUGUCGUUACCUGGAUGAUCAACGACUGUUUUUAUGUUUUGUGAUAGUUGUUCAUGACUCCCUUGUUUAUCCUGAGCCGUUAAACUGCCCACUGUUCUAAAGAAAAAUCCAGCCUCCAACAUCAUCUGCCAAUUUGGGGAUAUUUAUGCAAAAAUAUUCCCUGGAUUACACACUCUGUAAGUACGAGAUCGAACAGUCCUGAUUAUCCGUGCUUGUGUUGUUCUGCCUGAGUGUUGUGGCAGGCUGGGAGGCUGUCAAUCAAGCGGUUUCAUUAGAAUGCUAGGCCACGCCCAGACAGUUUUCUUAUGUAGCUUCUGAAGGGCAGUACUAAAUGGAAAAAAUACGAUCUUUAAACAAAAUCUUAAAAUAAAACAGUUUGCACCGAUCAUCUUGUUCACAAGUUUACACCCCCCUGGCUUUUAAUGUAUUGCCUUCUUGAGAGUCAGUGAACGUGUGCACCUUUUGUAAUAGUCGUGUACGAGUCUCUCAGUCGUCCUCAGCGUGAGAAGAUGGACCUCGACGUCAUAUAACCGCCGAUGGAAAGGGGGGCAAAUAUGCAUAAGAUGCAUGUUGAAGAAAAGCGAAGAAUGUGCAGGACCUGGAGGAUUUUUCUGAAGAACAGUGGACAGUUUAACUGCUCAGGACAAACAAGGGACUCGUCAACAACUCUCACGAAACAUAAAAUCAGCCGUUGAUCAUCCAGGUAACGACACACAGGAUUAAUAAUUCCAUACGGGAUUUCGCAGAGUUUUUAAAAUGAUAUUUUGCUUGAUUUUGCUGCAGCCUUUUUCCAAUUUUGUGAUGAAAUUUGUGAAGUUUAUUUUGUGCUUUUUUUUGUGUGGAAAACUACUUGAAUUUGGCAAAAUUGCAAUUCCCCAGUGAUGUUUGUUGAUAAAUGAGACCUUUUAGCUGUACUCACGUUUGCCGCACGCGAAUCGAAGAAGGCUUUGGCUGAAUGCACGUUGUGAUGCGGCUUGACGUCCCAAAUCUGCGUAAAAUCUGUGGUAAUUUUGAAAAAUCGCAAGCUCCUCCGAAUAGCCCUUUAGUCCUUUAGACCGUCGCCUCCUCAUCUGUACACUUUGCUCAAACAGUUCAGGUUCCAAAGCAAAUGUCGUCAUCAACGCCAUCGUGCUCGUCAUCUCAUAGAUCUCCAACUACCUGAAUACAACUCCGAUGUAUAGCUGCAUUGCAUUCUGGUACACUGAGUGCAAAUGUUUUUACUUUCUCCACUGCUUCUAUGUUUGAGAUCUCAUUAAUAUGAUGCUGAACAUCGCUGGAAAAUAAAGGAGGUCUUGAUCUUUUUUGUUUUUAGAGUUAACAACAGUGAAACUUCCCAUUAUGCCAUGUGUUUAAGAUCGGUGAACUUUUAAAUUUAUUUUCUUUUUUUUUAAAACGGUGUCCAAUUGUAACACCAGUGCAACAGACAACCGCUAACUUCUCACAGGAAUUCUGAAAAUACAACGCCGGCUAACAAAGCCCCAGAAUUGCUCAGCACAUCAUGCAUAUUUCAAUAUAAACCCAUUUAAUGUGUUUCAGGGUGAAGGUUUCCUUCAAGGACAGGUAGUCGUGCAGGCCAUGUAUGAGUGUGAAAUGCCCGUGUGACAGUCUGGACGUCAUGUUAGGUGAUCUUCCUCCGGGGCAUGCUCCGUGGAUUUGUGUUGCCGUUGUUAUUAUUGUUUUUCUUUCCCCAGCUCACUCGUUAGUGGAGAUCCGAGUUCGCUCCCUGAGGAACGUUGUCUCCAAGCUUCAGCUCAGUCUCGUCUCCCCCGCUGAUCUUGUUCAGGAGCGACAGCUCUUUAUCAACCUACUGCACUGGUUUAACUUCCCUGAAGUCCCGCUGCAGGAGGAAGUGCUGCAGCUCAUUAACACACUCUCUACGCAUCCGACCGGUGCCCUUAUGUUAAGAGAUGUAGGAGGAGUGGACUUUCUAACCCAGCUGUCGUCCAACGUUGACCCCCAGCUUCGAACUAUCACAGACGCGAUCCUUGACCAGCUCUUCCAUCUUCAUAUUUACCCACCGAACACGUCCUCUGACCAGCAAUCGAGCUCCUCUUUCCAUCCCGUGGAGGAGAAUGCAGUUAGAGGAUAUUUCCAGCAAAAUGCGCUGAGCCAAACAAACGCUGCAGCACCACCCAGUUUAUCAGUGAACACCUCUGUAAGGUGCUUCACGUUUUCAGUUUUUCCUUGGUUGUGUUUGACUGCAACUGACAGACACAUAUUAUCAUCGAACGAAAGCUCUUUACGAAGUGAUAAUCCCGACUUAGUGAGGACCACCUGCGAGCUUUUGCGAGACGUGAUCAUGCAGGACUUUCCAGCAGAAAUAUUCCUGCAGCGGCCAAGUAUAGUGCAAAAUCUGGUGCAGCUUCUCAGUGUGAGCUCAGAGAAUGAUUCCAGCUCGUUGGCUCUCCACGCUCUGGCCUGCCUUCAGCAGCUCUGUGGAAACCUGAAAAGUCGGCUGCGUUUCCACAGAGAUCCCAGCUUCUGCUCAGCCAAGCACGAUGCACUCUCUCAGAACUCCUCAACGUCGUAUCCUCAGGAGGUCAGAGGGACCCAGAGGUCAGGAGUUUCGACCCCGGAAGAUUUGUCCCCCCGCCCUUCUGUUCUAGGACGUCCUGGUUUGAGAGUCCGAGGGGACGGACAGGACGGCGAUGCUGCCUCCACCAGCAGCAGCAGCAGCAGCUCUCAGAGAGAAUUUCUCCCCGGGCCCAACCUGGAGCUGGAUGGCGAGGAUCCACCGGAGCUCCGGGUGCAGCAGUGGAACAUGGCCAGAUUUUGCGUGGAGACUCUACAGCACACACUUCCUCUCCUCAGGACAGAGAAGAUGAAGGUUUUCCAGAAGGCACUUGAGCUGCUGUCGGACAUCCUCGCGUUGCUAAGGGUCAUCGUGUCCCCACAUGAGCUGUGGGAAGAGUGCAGCAUCACCGCGAACGAACUGAGAGAGAAUCUGCGGGUGUGUAUGGAAAAGCUGGGAGACAUCAUGUGCCAUCACCGUCACCUGGCAUCGUCGGAGCAACCUGACUCAACUCUGAUUCACCACCGCAUGUCCUACAUGGGGACUUCUGUCUUCACCGUUCGCCUUCUGCAAACCCUCCUACCUGUGGAGAAGGCAAGUGAGAACAUUCCUGAGAGCACAGCGUCUGCUGUUUUCCAUCUCUGUCUGGAUUUCCCCUUCAGUCUCUCUUUUCCCAGCAUUCACGAGUCAGCAGUGGCCUACCUGGAGCAGUCAAACUCUGAAAACCAUAGCCUGUACUGCAGAGUUAGCCAAGCUGCUAACACAAUGGAGGCCACAUGUUCCUUUCUAAAGGAGGUUCAGGCUGAGGGAGAAAAGAAUUGGCUGGAGCUGCUGGAGCUCGCUGGCCAAGCCAUCGAUGGCUUUCCCUACCAUCAGCACCUACCACUCAUCAAGGAAUUCAUCCACAUAUGCUCCUACCUGUGGAAGUCUGCUCAGGCAAGCCCACUGCUUCAGAUGGAGAGCCAGAAGAUUCUUCUGAAGCUUUUAUCACAUCCCCUGCUGCCAGUGAAGGCUGAGACAUAUGCAUGCACUCUGGAUGUUGUCAAGGAGUGUUUGGGUGUUCAUAACGUGUCCAGACCAGCUUCAUCCAUCUGCAGCGGCGUGCAUUUCCUCUUCCAUCCUCGCGUCCUUUAUGAAAUCAGUGCCUUCGGCCUUCAUGAUCCGGCAAAAGAGGUGAAUUCGGCUGCCAAGGAUCUUCUUCUGUACCUACUAAAGGGACGAUUGAUGAUGACUGCUUUGAGUUGGAGUAAAUUUAAUGAAGCACUUUACCCGGUCAUUCCCGUGCUGCAGAGUCACGUAGGCACGGAGGAUGCCCUGGAAAGCAGCGUCCUGCUGAUAAGUGGGCUCUCGGAUGAGAUUGGAGACACGGCCCAUUCCUCAGCUACUCGACUCCGCGCUGUAAUCAGACUGCUCUUCACCAAACAACAUGCGGUGAGAAGCACAGCAGCUCAACACCUAUCACAUCAUCUGGCCAAUUCAGAAGACAACGGAACAUCCCGGCUUGUCGUGGACAGCUCGACUCUGUCAUCACUGCCUUCUCUCUACGUUACUGACAAAUGCGUGGACGUCAGACUAGACGACUCCAACAAGUCUUACCUUAAGGUGGACUGCAUGAAUAAACUGUACAGUAUCUUCACCUCGGAGACGGUGGAUAUGGUCCUGCGCAAAUCCGCAGCCGAACAGCUGGCGGUUGUUUUGCAGGAUACUGCAAUGCACGCGGUACUGAAGACGCAGGGACUGACGGACAAACUCGUGUCUUUGAUUACAGAGAGCGUGACCAGCCGUGGAGGGUCUGUCGGGUGUCUGUCCGAGCCGGGCGUCACGAUGCUGAGGAAGUUAGUAUACGCAGAUCCGUCUCUACGUCACACGCUGGCUCAGCAACCAGCUUUCCUCCUCGCACUGCUCCGAGCCUCGCUGCUGAUGAAGGCCAAUCAGAGAGACGUGACUGAAGCCGCAGUGCUGAUGUGUUUCCUGCUUUUUGAUGAGAUCGCCGCUGUGGAUGUGUGCACUGGAAAAGCUGACACAGAUACAGGAUUUACACCGUUCUCUCUGCCGGUCUGCAUUAUCAGAAGGUAUAAUCUGCCGUUCCGCGCCGCGUCUCACCACGCGGUGAGUCCCAACUGCAUCGUUCUGCCGCUUUAUACCGAUCUGAUGGAGCUGAGAGCUGCCAAAGAGGCGCUGAGCUUCAGCUGGAACAGAGCCUGGCACUGCGGCACCGAUACGCUGCUCAUACGCAGGAGAGACACCACUACUCGAACACCUGAGUUUCAUGCUGAUCUGGUGAUGUCGGAGUCUCAGGUCGCGUCAGUGCGAGCGUGUGAUAUGAGAGCAGGGCUUCACGAGUGUGUUAACGCCAUUCGCUCGGCCGGAUCACACACCGGGGUCACCUUCGCUCUGACUAGAAUACACCUUUAUCUCCUGACUGAUCAGCUGGCUGUUAAACACGACACACACUCCGCCAAGAGUACGCUGCAGAAACUCGGCUGGCGUGGUGCUGUGGAGAGAUUUCUUCAGGUGAAACCCGCGUGCCCCGAGGACGAGGUGCUGCUCGCGGACGUCAUAUCGUUCCUGAACACUUUCUUCAGGCAACAUCGGUCUGAUUCUGAUGACCGAGAUCUGAAAUGGCUCCUAGAAUUACUCCUGAAAAAGGACACGCGCGUGCUGCUGGACCUGCUGCUAGACGAGAAGACGCACAUGGACCCUCAGAGACACAGCGGGAUUCACCACGGACAUCAACUACAGAGAGACCUGACCUCGCUGUUCAACACCCUGCUGCGUCUCACACACAUCUCCGACAGGAUGUGUACUCUCCUCUCCGGGCCGUUAGCGUCAGAGUUCGCCGUCCGUCUACUGCAGUGUCUCCGUGUUUCAGACGCCCCGCGGUUUUACGGCCUUCCCUCUCUGGGGCGUUCUCUACGCAGCAUGACGCACACCACCGCUCUGCCCGGCUGGAGCACUCACACAAGCAGCAUGGAGCCACACACACUCUGCCGGAAAUACCUUAGCGGCUUACUUGAGGUAAUUUCCUCCUUCUAUGUGGAGUGGGGAGGGAACGCCAUGUCCUUUAUGGGAAAAGGAGUGACCAAGAAUGCAGUGAUCUCCCUGCUUCAUCUGUCCCAUGAGAUGAUGUCUGAGAGCAAAGAGAAGGACUGGAUGUCUCUCUGGUCUCUUGGGCCUGAACAGAGUGCUGAUGAUCCGUGUUCAGCUCAGUUCGGCCUCGCUUGGUUAAUCCCACUGUGGGUGGAUCGUGACCCAGAGGUGCGCUGUGCCAGUCUGGCGCUGGGCGCGGCUCUCUCAUCGUUAGAAAGCGGCUGUGUGAUGUUGUCGAAUAGCUGCCAGAACAUCUCAGGCGGUUUGUGGGCGACGCUGCUCAACAUCCUGCUGGAGAGACAGGAGUGCAGCAUGGUGUGCCGAGAGGCAGCGUUCCUUUUACAAAACCUGCUUGUGAUGCCGAUGCCUGCCAACACCGAGGAGGCCAAAGACUGCUUCUGGCAGAGCCCAUGUGUUCAUGAUGAGGCAACAGGCGUGUCGUUGGUGGGUCUCCCGGCCCUGCAGGCUCUUCUCUAUCACUGCCAUUUUUUCGAUCAUGUGGGUCAGAUGGUGAGGAGUUGCUACACGGGUCGGUACACUCCCACACACCCUUGGCCCAUCAGCGUCUCUGCCGAUGUAGAUGACUCUGUGAGGCAGUGGAGAGGCAGUACAGCUGUGCUGAAUCACACCCAGGGUUCAGGAUCCAUUUCCACCUCCAGUACUUUGCUCCUGAGUGACACUCGUUCUCCUGUCCUCUCCUCUUCUGUAGCAGCACAGGAGCCUCCAUUCAACAGACUUGGCACACAAGGACAGAGUGACUCAGACAGCUCAGACUCGCGUGUGUCUCAGGAGUGUGUCGAAGGAUCAGACUCCAUCUCUGUAGUAACCCCUCACCUACUGUCAGCUGUGUGUGGGUUACUAACCAACCUGCUGUGUGUUCUGCCGGAAUUUACACACAGCGCACUGCUAGAGAACCACAUCCUGCAGGGCCUGCUCAGUGUGUUGGACGCAGCGGAGUUAGAGCGAUGUCUGACUGAACUUAACACACCUGAUCUACUUCCAUCUGAUGUAGAGGAUUCCAGGAGCCAGGUGCUGAGAAGUGUGUGUUACGUUCAGAGCGUGUGUAAGCUGGUACAGGCCGAUGUUGUGCACAGUGAGGAUUGUCUCUCCCAGUCAGAGCUCAUUAAACCUCUGCUGAAUAACCUCAUCUCCAUCCUCACACUGUCUCACACACACCUCGAUUCUCAAGUCUUUUAUCAAGUGUUCCUCUGUAUAUCCUCAGAUGUGCAUACCCAGAAUGCAUUGCUGCACACCUGGACAGAUGUGUUUAUGCUGCUGGCGAUUCUGCUGCGCAGGAACUACGCUGCAUGCGGCCCACAUGUUUGCGGGACUCUGGGGAAACUCUGGCAACGCUUCUCAGACACCAUCCGUGCGUGCGUGGACCAGUGCGGUGCAGAUCCGUCGCUCUACACCGUCUCAGCGCAGUUCCUGUGCGUGGUGUUUUCUGAAGAGGCGAAGAAGCGAGGGACGAGAUUAGAGCGAUCGGCUUCUCUGACCGCCGCUCUGAAUUCCCAAUCCGGAGAGCAACUGUGUGAAUUGCUGCUGGAGUAUUAGCUGGGUGGUAAACUGGAUUCAGAGAUCUGCUGCGCAGAUGAAUUUGAAGGGGUUCACACUACGCGAUUCAUCACCAACACACUUGAAAAUAUCGAAGCCUCGGUCGGCCGCAGGCAGGAACGUUUGCGUCGCCGAACUGUUCACACGACCUGACCGCUCCGCUGUGGAGUAGUUGCUGAGCUGAGAGUCAAAAUUAGUCAGCGACUGGAAAUUGAGCCUGAAUUUUUAUUUUAUUAUUUUAUUUAUUUUUAUCUGUAAUGACUUUAUAUUCUUUGUUUUUAAGCUAUACUUUUAUGUUAAACUUCUCUGAUGUAAUCAGCGGCAUGUAAAUAAUGUAUUUAUGACAUGAAACUCGACUACAGGUGCAAUGAGAACGCGAUCCCACAGGACCCAAUGAAUUUUUUUCUUUUGCAGUUUUUACUAACUUACAGGCGAACAUAUGUCCGUCCAUACAGGAUUUCACAGGAGGUUUUUUUUUUUUGUGAUUCUUCCGGCCAAAGAUGAUUGAUUUUUGCUCCUUUUUUUUUUUUUUUUUUCUUUUCUUUUCUUUUUCUUUUUUUUUUUUUCUUCAAAAUUUGCAAUGCAACUUGCGGUUUUUUUGUGGAAAACUACUUGUAUUGGCGAAACUGCGAUUGUACGAAAUUGUCUUUCACAGUGAUGUCCGUUGGUAAAUGAGACCCUUUAGCUGAACUCCUGUUCGACGCACGUGAAUCGAACAGGGCUUUGGCUGAAUGUGCUUCGUGAUGAUGUCACAUGACAUACCUUGGCCCAAAUCUGCGGAGAAUCUGUGUUAAUUUUGAAAAAUCGCAAGUUUCGCAGAAUAUUGCAUAGUUUACUUGAUUUUGCGUUCAUUUCUGAAAUCGCAAAAUAAAUAAAUAAAUAUAUAGGUCCCUAGAGGAUUUUGUGAUUUUUGUUUUUUUUUUUGCAAUUUCAGAAAUGAACGCAAUAUAUGAUAUAUAUGAUUGGAUGCAUUUACUGCCAGCAUUCAUCUUGAAUAACUGCUUUGUCCCGAUCAAGGUUAUUAUUAAGGUGGUUUAAAUUACUAUAUUGUUUACAUUUGGACAAACUAAGUUUGUUAUUGUAGCCAGGUACAAACAAUAACUGACGGAGCAGGUGGGAUUGAUCAGAAUUCCUUCUGGAGUGGGUGGGAAUGGGAUUUAAAAAAAUUGAACAGUUCCUUGAGGUGCCUCCGUGUCCUGAUUGGUCGGAUGUUGUUGGUUUUUAUCUGGAGUCUGGAACCGUCACAAUACGUGUACAGUAUUUUGGGUAUAAAUCACUUUUAAGGCAGUCGGUAAGUUUUGAUUUUUAUCAGUUUCCUGCACUCAUAUUAACCGACCGCCUACGCAGGAAAGUUUCUCAUGGAGUACAUACAAAGCCCUCAAUCAUCAAUGCGGAGAAGUCUUGUACUACUUCCUUUGUUCUCACUGUUUCAUUACUGCUUUACUGUUAAAAGAACUUCUGCAUUUGAAUGAGGACAGGCUUUAACGAUGUAGAAAUGUUAAACCUGCGCGCUGAGCCGGGGAGACGACGAGCACGGACACUGAUUUCUUGUAAGAAUGCUGCGUCACAUCGUCGCGUUCUCGUUUACGGCCAUCUGAAGAGUGGUGGAAAUAUAAACGUAUCGGUGUUCUUGGUAGUGCACUCCCACUUAGUGCAUCGCACCACAGAGCUUGUGAAGUUUUCUUGCCAUGUUACAUAAACUGUGAUUGCAAAACCCCUUCCUCUUCAAGCUUUGAUUGAGCUCCAGCAGAAAAGCAGUUGUUAAAUGUCACCAAACUUUCCGUUCUGUUUCGUCACACAGCAGUAUGAUAAAACUCCGUUCCAGAACCCUCUUAAGAAGGUCACGGCUAAAGUCCUGAUGCCUCUCCUUGCCUGCAGCUCCAGCGCUCAGAGUUACGCCUGCAAAGGUGAGAAAUCAUCCUGUUGGUUUAUGAAGCACGUAUAACGAGACUAUUAACCAUCACUCGAACGUACACAAAUCUGAAAUGUCUCUCGUAUCGAUUGAAAAUCUGUCCAGUUCACUAACCCGCGCUUGUUCAUUCUAGAACCGAGCUUAAAAUAGUUCAGUGGGAGCUUGUUUUGAAGAUUUCUAUUGAAUAAUGUAUUGCUUGAUGUGCUGGUUUGACAAAAAAAAAAAAAAAAGCCAUUA